UUAAAAUUUGCAAAAGAUUGUCAAUUUAAAAAAAUCGCUUUAAUUGAAUAUUUUUCAAUUUAUAUAUCUGAAAUAUAUAUAUGAUGAAUUUCUCUAAAAGUUCUCUAUUUAAUCUUAAUUCUAUUGAAGAAAUAGAACAGAGUAUGAAAAAUUUCAAUAUAAAUAGUAAAAAAAAUCUUUUUCAUUAUUAUGACGUAACAACUUCUCAAACUUUUGACAAUGAAAACCCUUUUGAACAAUGUCCCUAUGUCUGUACAAGAUCAUAUGUUUCUUCAACCGAAACGGAUUUAUCGAAGCACAAUCAAGAAAAUUAUAUUGUUCGAGCAGACAAUACUAUUGAAAUUAGUAAACAGACACCAAUAGUAAAAAGACCUUUAUUGAUACCUACAACGCCAAUAAAGAAAACGAAACAAUGGAACAGAAACGAGUUAAAGCCAAAAAAGUUAACGUAUCAAGAUGAAAGAUUCUAUGAGAUCAAUGAUAGGGAUAGUGGUGUUGUUCUUGAAUCUGAAAAUUAUCUGAAUAAUACUGAAUAUUCUGAGAUAUGUAAUACUAUAAAAUACAAUAUAUUUCAACAAGAGAAUAAAAAAACAGAAAAAAUACCUAAUAUAAAGGGAGUAACACAAAAUUCCAACAUAUUAGUAGAACCAAGAAUUACUAGAUCGAUAACAAAAAAGUUACAAUUGUAUAAAAAUAAUGAAAAUAAUAUACAAGAAAUACAGGAAAUAAUAGAAACACCCAGAAAUACAAAAAAUAAUACAACGACAAAAGCUACAUGUAGUAAAAAGUCAACUAAUUAUAGUAAAAAGAAUCAAAACUUUUGUGAGAGAAAAGAACGUAAGAUAAAUAAUUUGGAUAGAUAUAUUAUAAAUGAGAACGAUCACAAUAUGCCAAUGUUGUCUCAAUACAAUGGUAAUGGAACAUGGCAGGAUAAAUUACAAUGGUUACAACCACGUCGAGAUAUAGGUAUGUGGAUACAAUGUUGUCGAAAAGAAUGUAAAAAAUGGAGGUAUACCAUAGACUAUCAUGAUCCAGUAGAUGUACCUAUUAUAUGGUAUUGUGAAAUGAAUUCUGAUAUGAAAAUAGCAUCAUGUAUUAUUCCGGAAGAACCUAAGCCAGAAGAAAUAGAAUCUGAUUUAAUAGAAAAUAAGUAUAACGCUGGAAGUAUAGUAUGGGCAAAAAGAAAUACUUACUUAUGGUGGCCUGCUAUGGUGGAUGAUUGUCCUAUUAAAUUUAGAUAUUAUGAAUUGAAAAGAAACUCUAUAAUUCCUGUAAAAUAUCAUGUGAUAUUUUUUGAUCAAAAAGAAUUAAUACAUUCAUGGGUUAAAUGUAAAAGUAUUAAACCCCUUAUUAUCAAUAAGAAUAAUGUAUUUCUUGAAAAGGUUUCUAAUAAUGUUAAAUAUGGAAAUAGAAUAAAAGAAAGUUAUAAUUUAGCUUGUAGUGCUAUUCCAAUGACAAUUUUAGAAAGAUUAAAAAAUUUCAGUUUAGUGGCUCUAUACAAAUCUGAAAGAGUACUAAGUAAUAACGUAAACAAUAAUAUCGUUUCUGCUGAUAAUUACAAAAAUAUUGUUACAACAAUUGAAACAGUAUCACACAAUAAUAUCAAAAAAUCAAAUACUGAGUUUAUUCCAAAUUUAAUAGAUUUAGAUGAAAUCAUUCCAAGUUCUCAACCAAAACUAGACGCUACUAUUCAAUCAAAAAAAAGGAAAUUCCAAAGGAAAAAUCAAGCUAGUUAAAUAAUCUGAACAUUAAAAAUUAAACAUUGAACAUAGAAGUUAUAAAUCUUAGAAAUAAAUUUAAAUUCAGUUGUUUCAAUUCUGAAAAAAGAAAAAGAAAAAAACCCAAAUUGUACAUACGAUAUAU